UGAAUAAACAGCCGCCGGACUUUGUCCUGCAGGAGAGGACCAGCGCCUCUCCAGAGCAGCGCUCAGACUAACUUCAGACAGAUCGCAGCAUGGCGGAGAAGAGAGCCAAGGCAGCAGCAGAGCCCGACUUCCUGCAGUACAAUGAUCUGGCCUGUGAGGCAGUGGGGGGGAAGAUUAUUUUUGCUACGGACGAAUGGUUCGCUCCAGCCUCAAACCUGCUGAAGAGAGAGCCGCCGGUGUUCAUCGCCUCGGCCUUCACCGAGUUUGGGAAGUGGAUGGAUGGAUGGGAGACGAGGAGAAAGAGAACACCAGGACUGGUGCAUCAUUGCUCUCGGGGUGCCGGGGCAGAUCCACGGCUUCGAUGUGGACACGUCCUUCUUCACCGGGAACCACUCGCCCCACGUCUCUAUCCAGGCCACCUGUCUGGACCCCCCCCCCACCUUCUCUCUCGAGGGAGACCGGACGGGCAUGGCCGCCUCCAACGCUCAGCUGACUGCUGUUGCCAAGCUGCGCUCGGAGGUGUGGCCGGAGCUGCUGAGUGAGGUGGAGCUGCAGCCGGGGUUCUCCCACUGCUGCAGCAACUACUUCUCUGUGAGCUGCAGGCAGAGAGUCACACACCUGAGGCUCAACAUGCUCCCAGACGGCGGGAUCUCCAGACUGCGGGUGUACGGCGUCGGGCAGAGAGACUGGUCCAACAUCUUGCCCAAUCAGGAUGUCGACCUGCUGGCCCUGACCAAUGGGGGAGUCUGCCUCGGCUACAGCGACGCCCACUUUGGGCAUCCACGCAACAUCAUUGGUCUCGGCCGAGGUGUCAACAUGGCUGACGGUUGGGAGACGGCCCGCAGACUGGACCGCCCCAAACACCUGAAGGAGGACGAGCGCGGCAUCCUGCAAGUUCCGGGCUGGGAGUGGACCGUGUUUCGACUCGGUCACCCCGGAGUGAUCCACAGCGUGGAGUUGGACACCGACCACUUCAAAGGGAACUUCCCGGACUCGUGCAGCGUCGAGGUGUGUUCACUGGCCGCCGAGGAGGAGGCGCAGUGCGGCAGGAACGGGUGGCAUUCUGGGAAAUGGCAGGUCCUGCUGCCCUCAACGAAACUGCGUCCGGACCACCGACACGUGUUCGGCGAGGCGGCGCUCUGCCUCCGCCCGCCCGUCAGCCAUGUCCGCCUCAUCAUACGGCCAGACGGAGGCAUCAGCCGGCUGCGUCUGAUUGGUCGACUGACCCCCAGCAGCCCCUCCUCGACCGAUCAGAAGAGGCCGGCGUCCAAACUGUGAAGCUCUUUCACAUGGAGGAAAGUUUAAUAAAGUGAUGGAAUUAAAAAGCA